AACAAAAAAACUAAAACCCCUACGCUUCUUUUCCAUUUUCCCUCCCUUCUUUGGCAGCCACCACCACCACCACCUUCCGAACCUUAUCCAUGGCUGCCACCGCCUCCGCCGCCGAUCCAAUCCAACUCCAACAGCUCGCCCUUCUCCUCGGACCCGACCCGACUCACUUCGAAUCGUUAAUCAAUAGCCUUAUGUCAUCUUCAAACGAACAACGCUCCAGCGCUGAGUCGCUUUUCAAUUUAUGUAAGCAAGUUAAUCCUGACUCGCUUCUUCUUCGACUCGCUCAGAUUCUCUCGUCUUCAUCUCUUCCCGAGGUCCGCGCUAUGUCCGCUGUUCUCCUUCGUAAGCAUCUCACACGCGUGGCGAAUGAUGACUCAUUUUUGUAUCCCAAACUCACCGAGUCAACUCGUUGCGCGAUUAAAAACGUGCUGUUGACGUCACUUCAGCGCGAGACGGUAAAAUCUAUAACUAGGAAAGUGAAUGAUACUGUAUCGGAGCUUGCUGCGUCUGUUUUGCCUGAGGGAGGAUGGCCUGAGUUGUUACCUUUUAUGUUUCAAUGUGUGACUGCCGGCGGGGGACAGAAUUGCAAUUUACAGGAAUCUGCGCUUUUGAUUUUUGCCAGAUUGGCUCAGUUUAUUGGUGAAACCCUAAUUCCACAUUUGAAUACUCUUCAUGAAUUGUUUUUGAAUUGUUUGAGCAGUUCUUUGAGUGCUGAUGUUAGAAUUGCUGCUUUGAAUGCAUCUGUUAGUUUUAUUCAGUGUUUAUCGAGUAAUAAUGACAGGGAGAAGUUUCAAGAUUUGUUACCAUUGAUGAUGAAGACUUUGACCGAGGCUUUGAAUGGCCAACAAGAGGCGACAGCACAAGACGCGCUUGAAUUGUUGAUUGAAUUAGCUGGGAGCGAGCCUCGGUUUUUGAGGAAGCAAAUUGUUCAAGUCGUGGAUUCAAUGUUGCAAAUUGCUGAGGCUGAAAAUUUAGAAGAAGGGACUCGACAUUUGGCUGUUGAGUUUGUGAUUACAUUAGCUGAAGCAAGGGAGAGAGCCCCCGGUAUGAUGAGGAAGUUUCCUCAGUUCGUGCAUCGGUUAUUUAUGGUGUUGAUGAGAAUGCUGUUGGACAUUGAAGAUGAUCCGGAGUGGCAUAGUGCUGAGAGUGAGGAUGAAGAUGCUGGUGAGACUAGUAAUUAUGGGUUUGGACAGGAAUGUUUGGAUAGGUUAUCAAUUUCACUUGGUGGGAAUACUGUGCUUCCUGUUGUUUCUGAGGGUUUGCAGACUUUCUUGGCUUCUCCCGAGUGGGAGAAACAUCAUGCUGCACUUAUUGCAUUGGCACAGAUUGCUGAGGGUUCAUCUAAGGUGAUGAUUAAAAACCUCGAGCAAGUAGUUUCUAUGGUCUUAAAUUCAUUUCAGGAUCCCCAUCCCCGUGUGAGGUGGGCAGCUAUAAAUGCAAUUGGACAAUUAUCAACUGACUUGGGUCCAGAUUUGCAAGUAAAGUAUCAUCACAGAGUGUUGCCUGCUUUGGCUGGUGCAAUGGAUGAUGUUCAGAAUCCUCGUGUUCAGGCACAUGCUGCUUCAGCAGUGCUCAAUUUCAGUGAAAACUGCACUCCAGAUAUUUUGGCACCAUACUUGGAUGGAAUUAUUAGCAAACUCCUUACAUUAAUGCAGAAUGGAAAGCAAAUGGUGCAAGAGGGGGCUUUAACGGCUUUAGCAUCAGUUGCUGAUUCUUCACAGGAGCAGUUUCAGAAAUAUUAUGUUGCUGUAAUGCCUUACUUGAAAACUAUACUAGUGAAUGCAAAUGACAAAUCUAAUCGAAUGCUUCGUGCUAAAGCUAUGGAAUGCAUUAGUCUCGUUGGUAUGGCUGUUGGAAAGGACAAAUUUAGAGAUGAUGCCAGACAGGUUAUGGAUGUCUUAAUGUCACUGCAAGGAACUCAAAUGGAAGCCGAUGAUCCAACUACAAGCUACAUGCUACAAGCAUGGGCCAGACUGUGCAAGUGUCUUGGGCAGGAUUUUCUUCCUUAUAUGAAUGUUGUCAUGCCACCUCUUAUUCAGUCAGCUCAGCUUAAGCCUGAUGUAACAAUUACAUCUGCAGAUUCUGAUGCUGAUUUUGAUGAAGAAGAUGACAGCAUUGAAACAAUCACACUUGGGGAUAAGAGAAUAGGGAUCAAGACAAGUAUUCUGGAGGAAAAAGCUACAGCUUGUAACAUGCUUUGCUGCUACGCUGAUGAGUUGAAGGAAGGAUUUUUUCCAUGGAUCGAUCAGGUUGCUACUACUCUGGUGCCUCUUCUUAAAUUUUAUUUCCAUGAAGAAGUGCGGAAGGCGGCUGUUUCAGCUAUGCCGGAGCUACUACGCUCUGCUAAACUUGCCAUAGAAAAAGGUCAAUCUCAAGGUCGUAAUGAGUCAUAUUUAAAGCAAUUAUCUGAUUAUAUAAUACCAGCUUUGGUGGAGGCUUUGCAUAAGGAGCCGGAGGUAGAAAUUUGUGCAAGCAUGUUGGACUCGCUGAAUGAAUGCAUACAGGUUUCUGGACCUCUUUUAGAUGAAACCCAAGUAAGGUCCAUUGUAGAUGAGAUAAAGAAUGUUAUCACUGGCAGCUCUGCUAGAAAACAGGAAAGAAUAGAGAGGACAAAAGCAGAGGACUUUGAUGCAGAAGAAGGGGAGUUACUUAAGGAAGAAAACGAGCAAGAAGAAGAUCUCUUUGAUCAAGUGGGGGAUCUGUUGGGCACACUAAUUAAGACAUUUAGGGUCUCUUUCUUGCCUCUCUUUGAUGAGAUUUCACCAUACAUAACACCUAUGUUGGGUAAGGAUAAAACUGCAGAAGAGAGGAGAAUCGCCAUUUGCAUAUUUGAUGAUGUUGUGGAGCAAUGUCGUGAAGCAGCUCUUAAGAACAAAUAUUAUGAAACAUACGUACCUUUCCUUUUGGAAGCCUGCAAUGAUGAAAGUCCAGAUGUUCGCCAGGCAGCUGUAUAUGGGGUCGGUAUUUGUGCAGAGUUUGGUGGAUCUGUGUUUAAACCACUUGUUAGAGAGGCCCUCUCUAAGUUAAAUAUUGUAAUAAGCGAUCCUAAUGCUCGUCAUGUGGACAAUGUAUUGGCAUAUGACAAUGCUGUUUCAGCUCUUGGAAAAAUAUGCCAAUUUCAUCGAGAUAGUAUAGAUGCAGCACAGGUAGUGCCAGCCUGGUUAAGGUGCUUACCCUUGAAGAAUGAUUUAAUCGAGGCCAAGCUUGUGCAUGAUCAGCUUUGCUCAAUGGUUGAAAGGUCGGAUGUCGAGCUUUUGGGACUGAACAAUCAAUAUCUUCCCAAAAUUGUCCUUGUUUUUGCCGAGGUCAUAUGCGGAGGCAAAGACUUGGCGACAGAGCAAACUAUGGGUAGAAUGAUUAGUUUAUUGAGGCAACUUCAGCAUAUGUUACCGCCUGCUACCCUAGCUUCAACUUGGUCAUCCUUGGAGCCGCAACAGCAACUUGCUCUGCAAUCUAUCUUGUCCUCUUAAUCCCCCAAGAAAUGUACGGAUCAUUGUUAUAUCCUCUUUGAAGCCAUGUUGAGGUCCUGCAUUCAUGAGUACGUGAUUCAUCUCCUUUGAGAAUAAGCUGUGUGCAGUCAGUUGUGUUCUUUUUGCAUUGGCGUGCAUGUCGUUGUUCUCUGAGAAGUUGUCUUUUAAUGCUGGCGUGUCGCGUGUUGCGUGUUAAUAUCUUCCAAUUCUUUAUCCACCAACUGCGUCUUAAAAGAAAUAUCUGUGGAGGAGUUCUCUAUUUGUUAUGAAAGUGUCACAGUUUUGCCCAAAGAUUUGUAUAAUACAACAUGUUCGUACUGUUCCAUUGUUUGAUUGAAAUGAACGAAUUAAAGUAAUCAAAAUUUACACAUCUACCUGGUUUUUGUUGAGAUUGAGGCUUGUAAGUGAGGCUAUUCUUGUAAUGUUAUCGGUGAUUUGUAUUCAUCUGGAUGCUAAAUUUUUAAUAUAGUGCAUAAAUAGAAGAGUCAUGUUUUGCA